GCGACCUGACACCAGCCAGCCUCAACCCCCAAACCGCUCUCCCGCCACUUCCCAAUCCUCAGUGCCGGCCCCAGUGCGCCAUUGAACCUCAAAAUCCCCGCAGACCCGCAGCAUGCAAGCUCGACAGUCCUGGUAGCUCCGCGAAAGCAACAGUCGUUCACUCAACCACAAGAAUUGCCGCCGGAUCGGUCAAUCGUCCUCUCGCUCUACCCCGCCAACCUCACUCCAACAUACCACCAUGGGCAAGCUGAUCAAGAACCACUGGGCGCGCCUCAUCAUCCUCACCGCCGCCAUCUACCAAGUCGCCGCCGCAAUCGAAGGCUUCUUCUGGCCCAAGAUCUUCUGGGACUUCCUCACCAAGAACCUCGAUGGCGCCGUCAAGCCCGUCCCCGCACUCCAGAUCGUAAACCUCAUCCUCGGCCUCAUGGGGCUCGCCUAUGAAUGGCCAUUAAAGUUCAUCGCCGGCUCCGCCGUGCACCGCUCUAUCGAAGCUCGCCUGAUUAUCUUCCCGCUGAGCGCCUUGGCUGCCGUCCUCCAGUACCAGGCCACCAACGCCGCGCUGUACUAUAUGAUCGGGAUGGGUGUGUACUUCUGGGCAUAUAGUGAAGGCGAGAUUGUGUGCGCGGAACCGUGGACAUUGCCGAAGCGGGGAGCGAGGGCAAGGAUGGGUGUGUAAAUCGCACGGCCUCUUCCCUGCUCUUGAUUCCCUAGUGUCUGAUGAGCAUUAUGAUAUAGGUUUAGGGGCAUAGCGUGGCGUUUUGAACAUAUUUCUUUGGGCAUUGUACUAUUUAAAUCAGUAUUAGUCGGG